AUGACUGAGUACUUCCAAGACUUGGAAGUUGUUGAGGUAUUUCGUCAACCCGGACAGCAGCAAGACGGAAUCCCACCAGAAUAUGGCCCGACUACUCCACCAAUUUCCAGGAAACGAGGUGGACCUCCUUUUGACUCUCAAAGUCCAAGGGAAGUAAACCUUCCCGAGGACUGGAAAAUGGCCGAGGUUCGUCUGAUACCGAAGCCAGGCAAGCUACCAGCCCUUAAGAACCUACGACCGAUCUACCUCACUUCGUGUGUACGAGAGCUCCUAGAGCACAUCGUGCUCAACCAGCUACAACCAUUCCUGAAGGACUCGGGCAAACUUGCAACAGCAAUGAUAGGAUUCCGUCCACACUUCUCAACUCAAGACAUUCCACUUCAGCUGAAAUAG